CUGAAACUCUGCAGCCCUGGAAUCAGUGUGCUCACUUUCCAAGGAGGGAGAGUGUCCGAAAGCAGGGCGUGUGGAUGCCGGGGAGUCGGGCGAAGGAGGGAAGAAAAGUGAGCCGACGGCGGGCGGACGGAUGCCGCCGCUGGUGCAUCCCUGUCCCGUGGGCAGCCCCAUGGUUCUCCUGGCGACGGCCCUUCUACUCUCCGAGUUGCUGCACCCGGCGUUCCUGCUGACUCCGGAGCACCUGGAUGCGCCAACCCCGGCACCGGAGCCCGCUCUCCAUGUGAAGUUCGACCCCAGCAACAUGAAGCUGGCCUGGGACUGCCGAGAAAACACCACCAGCGUCACGUGCGCCAUGGUCCCCAGGGAGGGAGACCGCGCCGUGAAAAAGCCCAGGACGAAGGACUGUUGGUGCAACUUUGAGGACAUUUCUCUGCAUCGAGGAGUCCUGCUGGAGGUUCAAGUCAACACCAGCGAACGAUCGUUUCGGGAAAAAGUGCUCUAUACUAACCCAGGUGGGGAGGGCACGGCCGCCCACAACUUCUCCUGUUUCAUCUACGACGUGGAUUUCAUGAACUGCACCUGGGCGAAGGGUCCCGCGGCCCCGGGUGACGUCCAGUAUUUUUUGUACAUACGAGACUCAAAGAGAAAAAGGGAGCGAGAAUGUCCUCAUUACAUCCAACACUUGGGGACCCACGUGGGCUGCCACCUGCACAACCUCUCGGGGCUGACUUUCCGCAACUACUUUCUGGUCAACGGGACCAGCCACGCCGCGGGGAUCCAGUUCUUCGAUUCCGUUUUGUCCACGAAGGAGAUAGAGAGGUACGGCCCGCCCACCAACAUCACCAUAUGCUGCAACGCCUCGCACUGCCUCAUCCGCUGGGACAAGCCCAGGACGAGGCGGGCCCUGUCCCAUAGCGAGUUCCAGUACCAGCUGGACAUCCAGAGGAAGAACGUCCCACCCGACAGCACGAACCCACUGAUUGACGUGUCCGGCGAUUUGGAGAAUCAGUACCACUUUCCGAGCUCUGAGCCCAGAGCUAAACACGUGGUCAAGAUCCGAGCCGCGGACGCCCGCAUCCCGCAGUGGAGUGCCUGGAGCCAGCCCGUGGAGUUCGGGUCGGAAGGUGCGGACGGCAGCCUCGUGCACGUGUACCUGCUGGUGGUGCUGGUGACGCUCCUCUGUGCCCUGGGACUCGGCUUCCUCUGUAAAAGACUGGUUGCUGGUAUCACCGCGUUGAUGGAGCAAAUGAGCAGAGCAAGCGCAUGCAAGCAGGCAAAGUGCCCAAGUUUACUGAAGCACAGAACAUUCCGGAGAAGGAACGGGUCAACCCCUGCAAGAGAAGGAGACCCCGAGUUUAAAGACAGAGUACGGGAUGUACAGGACACUCCCCAAGCCCGCAGAGAGGGGACUGUUCCAACAAGGAACACCGUCACCCCGGGGUUAGGAAUGCUUUUUAUGCUAAUCCCUAAUGCUAUGUUAAGCGGGGGGUGGGAUAUUCAUGGUUUUUCUUGGAACGGGGUGGAGAAUUCCCGGGACUGGGAGCCCUCCUCGUUUUUAACCUUGUAAGGCAAUUUCCGGGGUUGCCAUGGUUAUUUGUAAACUGCCAUGGGUGCGAUUUUGACUGUGUUAAUGAGGUUGGGUCAGUAGAGGACGCUGUCACCUUGCUUGUGCACACACUUCAGAGACCCUCAUUUGUGGCCUUGGUCAUCUCUGCACGGUGUGGCUUUUCUGCCUCGUCCUGGUUGGUCAGGCCUUGGAGACCCCUGUGCUGGACCAGACAUGUGUCCCCCCUUGGAAGCCUCCUCUGGUCAGCUUGCUCCUCCCGUUGUAGACGGAGCAUCUCCUAGUGCCACCCGCCCCUCAGUGGACACCCCUAGACGCAGCCCCUGUCCCCUUCCUCCUCGUCCCAGCCUACCAUCAGGGAAGGCAGAUGCAGAGCUGCAAAACACGCGUGUACAGAAGUGUGAACGGCAGUGAGUAGCUCGGGAAGAGCUGGGAAGCUCACGGACGGUACACGCCGUGGAUCCCACGCGUUGGAGCUGGUCACCUGGCUUUAUCGUGACCUCGGACAGACGGACGCCCCAGGACGCCUGCUCAGAGAGGCUUCAAAUUCUCUUGGCCGUGCUGACUGCACAGUUCCGCAGGACGCGAGCCCUCCGCAGAGCUCAGCAGCACCCACCGAGGUGCUGUCUUCUUGCCUCAAGACGCUCCCUCUUUCCGGAAUGUCCCCCACCUCCAGUAACUCUCACCUGCAGGCUCCAACCAAGCCCACCCCGCCCCUCGGGUCCCUCAGUCCUGCAGUCAGUGGCAACAUUGCACACUGGGCUUCGCAAAGCGCGGGGAGCUUUGCAGCUGUCAACUCCCCCAGGGAUGUGGGAACCUUGUCAACAUCUACCUGUGGCCCGUCCCGAUGGCCCCGUCCAGGUUUGGUGUCCUGUGCUUAUUUUGGUCAGGAAUUUAUUCUUCCCCAGGCCCGGAGCCCAGGAGUGUGAGACGCAGGUGUCUCGGGGCCGCGCUCCCUCCGCAGGCUCCAGGGGAGGCUCCUUCCUGC